GGGGGGGUAAGGGAUAGUAUUUCAUGGGGAGCGCAAAGUAGGAUUCACUCAUCACAGACCAUCAUAACAACCAGAAGCAGACUUGUAGGCCUACAGGCUUGAACGAUGGAUAGAGAAGUAGUCCGAGAGGGUCUUGCUGCAGUCCUUGGAGUCCCAAUCACUCAUCAAUGCAGAUGCAGGUGUUCUAACUGUGUUCUAACUGUGGAGAAUUUUCUGUCUACGGCUUGGUUUGAUGAUGAUGAGUUGCUGAAAUCCAUACCCAUCUCAGACCUGCUGAAUUUCUUCAAGAUAUUUAGUAUCACUGAAUCUCCAGCAACUCCAAAGUGUUUACAUACCCAUUUAACAGAGCUGUCUAUCGACGAAAAGGAAUUCUUUGACCCUAAAUAUGAUUAUGACUUCACUAACACAACUGAUUCAUCAGCAUGUAAGCGGGGUGACGAGCCAUACAAGCGUCCCUGUGGGUGGAACCGGAUCGCCCUGAAGGUCAAAGGUAAAUACGAAGAUGACGUCUGGCUGGGCCCAGAUGGCUGGAGAAGCAGUUCGGCACCAGGAGAGUGGCCCGUUUGUUUUCACGGUACCACCAUCGACGGUGCCAAGGGCAUCAUCCAGUCAGGGUACAAGACAGGACCUCGUGAAGCAUAUGGGAGAGGAAUCUACUCAACCCCUGACAUCGAUGUAGCUGUAAGAGAUGGAUAUGCCAAGACCUUCACAUCAAAGAAGACUGGAAAGACCUACAAGAUUGUGUUGCAGAACAGGAUCAAUCCCGAACACAGGAAAAUCUGUGUUAAGGAGAACUACUGGUUGGUUCCUGUCCCGGGGGGAACAUCUGCUGAGAGAGAGAGGGAGAUUGUGAACAGUGCUAUCCGUCCGUAUGGUCUCUUGCUCAAAGAAAUUUAGAGAUUCUGCCUUCUGUUAACUGAGGACAGGGAGGAGUGCUUGCUUGCGUGUAUGCAUGUAUACUUUGUACUCUUACAGUUAAUUACAGUUUUGUAGAUACACAUUUCUUCAGAUACAGAAUGACUUAUUCUGUUAUUUAAAGUCUAUUACUCUGGUAAAAAACAGAUACUUCCUUUGACUUCUACAUUUUCUCUCUCCUGGGGAAUAGCAGCACAAACAUGAUAGGAUAAAAGGGGAGGCUUAAUAAUUGUAAUUGUUAUAAUUAUAAAUAAUACUUGUAACAUCCUUGGAUUGUUGGAUGGAUUAUUUUGACAGCAUUCCCUAUACGGAAUUAAUGGACGAGGCGUUAAAAUGCAAGGGUUAAAAUGUAUGCAUAUGCUAAUGUUAAAAUAUCUGCAAAGAGAACGCAAUAGAGUAUAUGCUAUUUUAAUUUGGUCUUAAAGCUGUCAGUUGUUGGGGCACUUUUGAUUUGGUUUGGCAGUUGGUUCCACAAUCUAACCGCAUAGUAACUUAAAGCAGUUUCACUACAUUUGUUUCUGAUUUGUUUGUAUGUGUGGCCAGUAAAAGAUUCUCUUGGGGGGGAGGGGUGGAGUGCAAAACUGGAACAUGAACUAAAUUGUCAGGCCCAGUUCCAUGCAGUGAAAGCGAAAGGAAGGAAGGCACUGGGGUUUUCUUAGUAAGGGAUGGCAUUUCCUGUAAAUCAUGUUGAGACCAGAGUGUGACCCAACAUGUAAACAGACACACCCAGGUAGGCCUACAUUUUAACUGAAAGUAUAGUCAGUGACUAUUGUUCACUUCCAGACUUCAAGGUAAUUUAGCAGUGAGCAUUCCACCUGUAAUCAUAUUCUCUGACUGACUUGAACGAUGGAUAGAGAAGUAGUCCUAGAGGGUCUUUCUGCAGUCCUUGGAGUCUCAAUCAGGCUUCUAUCUGAUGGUGACUCUGGAAAUGCAGAUGUUCUGACUGUGGAGAAAUUUCUGGCUGCGGCUUGGUUUGGAUAUGAUAUGUUGAAAUGCCUAGACCCCGUCUCAGCCCUGGCGAAGUACUUCGCAUCCUUUUUUAUUGCUGACACUCCAGGAGGAGAACAAAGUGGAGCGGAAGAGGAGAGUGCCAACUCAGCUCUCCGGAAGGAGCUGUUUAUCAACGAAAAGGAAUUCUUUGACCCUAAAUAUGAUUAUGACUUCACUAACACAACUGAUUCAUCAGCAUGUAAGCGGGGUGACGAGCCAUACAAGCGUCCCUGUGGGUGGAACCGGAUCGCCCUAAAGGUCAAAGGUAAAUACGAAGAUGACGUCUGGCUGGGCCCAGAUGGCUGGAGAAGCAGUUCGGCACCAGGAGAGUGGCCCGUUUCCUUUCACGGGACCACCAUCGACGGAGCUAAGGGCAUCAUCCAGUCAGGGUACAAGACAGGACCUCGUGAAGCAUAUGGGAGAGGAAUCUACUCAACCCCUGACAUCGAUGUAGCUGAAAGAGAUGGAUAUGCCAAGACCUUCACAUCAAAGAACACUGGAAAGACCUACAAGAUUGUGUUGCAGAACAGGGUCAAUCCCGAACACAGGAAAAUCUGUGUUAAGGAGAACUACUGGUUGGUUCCUGUCCCGGGGGGAACAUCUGCUGAGAGAGAGAGGGAGAUUGUGAACAGUGCUAUCCGUCCGUAUGGUCUCUUGCUCAAAUAAAUUGAGUAAGAAAUUGUGCUCCCCCUUACCUCACUAAAAUAUUUUCUGGAGUUAGAUCAAUGUAUCUAUGCUUUAGUUAUUGAUUUCAACUCCUGUACCUCUGCUGUAAUUCUAUGGGGUAUUGUGUAAUAUUUUCCAUUGGUAAAAUUUGAGUUUUAUGUGACAGUGAUAUUGUUUUAAACUGUGACUUGCAUGUAAGAUACUUGAUCAAAACAUGUGCAUUAAAUUGGACACAUGGUGGAUUAA